AUGCUCACGGCCAUUCAAGGUCCUGAGGCUUACGUCCGCUGCGUCGAACAAAAUCUUCAAACGUUGUCUGCCGCUGUUGAUGGUUGUCGGAAUGCAGUUCAUCUGAUGCACGAGGAAUUACUGUCGUCAACCGAGAGGAAUCAUCAGUGUCACUAUAUGAAUAUGAGUCUGCUUCAGCAAAGGGACGAGCUGGCGAAAGAGGUCAAUCACUUGAGAAACAACGCCAGCGAGGACACAUCCGCAGAGCUGGAGAUCCGUCAACUGAACAAAAUCAUAGAUACGUUACAAAAAAGGAUUUUCGAGCUUGAAAGGAUCAGAGAUGCUCAAUACAAGGUCAGAAAUGUUUUGAAAGCUACGCGAGUCACUCAAGAAUGA